AUGGGGCGAGGGCAGGAAGUGACAAGCUCACGGAGUGGGUGGGGGAGUGUGGCCGGCACGCCCGGCGGCGAGACCAAAGUGUUGCUCUCACCUUUCGGUCCGCGGAACCGAAUCGGGGACGCUGGAAAUGCCCGGGGGAAACCAGCGAAGGGUUUGGCAGACGAGAGUGAGGCGUUGAGGAGGAGUGAUCCGAAAGGCUGUCAGCGCGUUUAUCAGCGGCACGAGUCGAACUUUUGUGUUUUCCUAGCCAUCAGUUUUUGGAACGGAGCCUCCUUGAACUUGGGGAUGCUGGUUCUGUAUCCGACGAUUGGGAAGAAAACAAUUUAUUGGCAGCGGAGCGGUUUGAUUCCAGCGGGCUCGGUGGUAGAACCCGAAAGUGAAGUUGGAUCACGUGGGCUGUACGCACUUUCCCUUCUCCGGGCUCCCGCGUCCUGCUUGGAAAAUCCCCGAAGCUCGCCUUCCUCUGUCAAACGUGCAAACCCAGGGCCGCUUCUCCUCGAAGAGUGGCUGUCCCCCCUUUCCUUAACUCAAAGUACGGAAUUCUUGCACUUGGGCGAGGCUCCCCUUGUGCUUCAUCCUGGGGCGCUGGUUGGGAGUCUCCCGCUGGAAGCGAAGGCGCUGGCGGGAGCAGGAGCAGGGGAACCUUCUUGUCCUCCCCUGCUGUGCAGUCAGGACGAAGCCCUGACUCUGCUAGUUCAAAUGCCCGGGGUUCAGCCACAAAGCCUUCAAGGAGAUCUGAAUUCCCUCCGGUACAAAGUGAAUUUCUCCGCUGAAGACUUAGUGUAUUCCUUCCACUUGGAGUUGGCUCCAGAGACUAAGUUGAGUACCAAAGAACUUGAGAUUAGCAUUUCUUCAGACAAUGCAGUGGUAGUGCUGGCCAAAGCUCCAGGGAGCCGUGGACAUUGGCAAGAGUGGUUCUAUGGUUUAAACAGCAAUUCUUUGGAGGAUCUCACUAUGUAUUCCAGGCUGGUUGUCAGUGAAGAAAAUGUUAAUGAGUUUCUUGAAGUGUUCCUGAAUCCUCCAUUCAAACAGAAAGUGCUCCCAGCCCCAGCAGUAAUUGAAGUUCUUCAGGUUACUGAUGAGAAGAUUCAAAUUCAUGCCAAGUUAAAAGAAUGUAGUAAUCCUGAUCAGCUUCAAGGAAAGGAAAAAAGAAUCAGUGAAGGAUGUUCUCUAACUGAAAAUGAAAAUAUAGAACAUCUUCCCAUCUCUACAUCAGAUUCAUCUAUAGCAGUUAAAGCACCAGGAAUAGAUAUUUGUGGUUCAGUUGCAGGCUUUCAGCAAGAGCCUCUUGAUGUUUCUCCAAUGCAGCUAGGAAAGUCUCAGCUACCUGAGGCAAAAAUGGAACCUCAAUUUGUAAAAGAAAAAAGUGCUACUUAUUCAAAUGAGGAAGAUAAUUUAAAGGAAUGUGUCAUAACUGAAGGAAAACAGUUCAACGGAGGUCACCAAUCUUCAUCACUAAACAAAACUGUCAUUCACAAUACAAUUGAUUUUGAUAGCAUAGAAGAAAUCAAUACACAGGACGGUAGUGUGCAAAUUAUUAAAGAUCAUGUGACUCAUUGUGCAUUCAGUUUUCAGAAUUCUUUGCUGUAUGAUUUGGACUAAUUCAAUGAAAUUUUGGAAUUUGAAUGUUAAAAGUAAAAAAUU